GCCCCUGUCGCGCUGAUUGGCCGGACGGAUGUGAGUGACAGGGCAGGGGGAGGAGCCGGGCUGGCAGCGCUGAGAGCUCAGAAUCAUGUUCAGCAGCGAAUGGAGCGGCAGGUGGUACCGCCCGGCCCGGGACUCCGCUCUCUGUAUCCACUACCUUCCUGGGGCGCUGGGCUCUGACCGGCCGGGGCACAGGGGCAACAUCCACAGACCGGGGCAAGUGUAGGGUCCCCUCACCCCUGAGCUACAGACAUUCUGCCGGGACCUCAAGUGUGGCCCCCGGGCCUAUAGGUGCAGGGACCCCAACCGGAACUACUGACCCCCCUGGAUUUACCCCCCCCCCCAACUCUCUGUCUGUACCUGCUGCUCCCUCUGAGGCUGCGAUUCCUGCGACUUGUAGCACCGACAGGUACCUGAGCCCCCGGGGUGGGCACUGCCAUAGGGACUGUGUGACUGGCACCCUGCCAGCCUGGGGACAAGCUCUGCCAACCCACCCACUCUGGUGCCCUAGCCAGCCAGGAGACUGUCACCCAGAGACUGAGAGACUGGCAUGGUACCCACAGAGCAAGAGACUGGCAUGGUACCCAGAGACCGGCACAGUACCCAGAGAGUGAGAGACUGACACUUUACCCAGAGACUGGCAUGGUACCCAGAGAAUGAGAGACUGGCAUGGUACCCACAGAGUGAGAGACUGGCACAGUACGUAGCCCAGUGGGAAGAGAGUCCCUACCAGUUAUUGCUGGGCACACCUGUGGCACAAGUGAGUACCAGGUGCCCCUCUGGCACCAGAGGCUCCUCCUUACCAAUGAGCACCUACCUGCCUAUCUGAGCUGCGGCUGCCAAGCCAGUGCCCAUGAUGGGUGACGGCUGGGGGUCUAUAGAGUGCAGGAACAAGUCUGGCACUCCCCCCACAGUGCCCAGCCCCAUGCACCCCCUGCCUGAGAUGACCCACCAGUGGACGGUGGGCAUGACGAUGCUUAUGGCGGCCAUCAUCCUCCUCAUCGUCGUUGGCAACAUCAUGGUGAUCGUGGCCAUUGCCAAGAACCAGAGGCUCCAGACCCUGACCAACGUCUUCAUCACUUCCUUGGCUUGUGCCGACCUGAUCAUGGGCCUGUUUGUUGUGCCCCUGGGAGCCACCUUGGUGGUCAGCGGCACAUGGCUCUACGGGUCUACGUUCUGCGAGUUCUGGACCUCAGUGGACGUUCUGUGCGUUACGGCCAGCAUCGAGACCCUGUGCAUCAUCGCCAUAGACCGUUACAUCGCCAUCACCUCCCCUUUCCGCUACCAGAGCCUUCUGACCAAGGGCCGAGCCAAGGGGAUAGUCUGCACCGUGUGGGGCAUAUCGGCCCUGGUCUCCUUCCUGCCCAUCAUGAUGCACUGGUGGAGGGACACCGGGGACCCCGUGGCCCUGAGAUGCUACGAGGAUCCCGGCUGCUGUGACUUCGUCACCAACCGAGCCUACGCCAUCGCCUCGUCCAUCAUCUCCUUCUACAUCCCCCUCAUCGUCAUGAUCUUUGUCUACAUCAGGGUCUUCAAGGAGGCGCAGAAGCAGAUGAAGAAGAUCGACAAGUGCGAGGGGCGGUUCUCCCACAGCCACGUGCUGAGCCACGGCCGCUCCAGCCGCCGGAUACUCUCCAAAAUCCUGGUGGCCAAGGAGCAGAAGGCCCUAAAAACCCUUGGGAUUAUCAUGGGCACCUUCACCAUGUGUUGGUUGCCCUUCUUCUUGGCCAACGUGGUCAACGUUUUCUACCGGAACCUUAUCCCGGACAAGCUCUUCCUGUUCCUCAACUGGUUGGGCUACGCCAACUCCAUGUUCAACCCCAUCAUCUACUGCCGGAGCCCCGACUUCAGGAAGGCCUUCAAGAGACUCCUGUGUUGCCCCAAAAAGGCAGAGCGGCACCUCCACACGACCGGGGAGCUCUCCCGAUACUCGGGGGGCUUUGUUAACUCUUUAGACACCAACGCUUUGGGUACGUGGUCUGAAUGCAAUGGGGUGCGGCCGACAUUGGACUUAAACGGGUAAUUUAUUGUGGGUUGGGGAAGAGAUUGAAUAACGGGGGGCGCAGGGCCCCCAAAUAAUGGAAAGUUCCUAUCAAACUCACCGCAGAAUCUAGAGGGUCCCCUGAAUAGCAGUGCAUUCUGGGAUAUGUAGUUUAUAACGGCUGCUGGGGGGGGUUGUCACAAAGGUGGAGUAAAGGGAAACUAGAUUAAUAGCGUAAAAUUCCCAUGCGUGAAACUGCCCCUACAUGGCCGGGUCUGGGCAGCCUGACUUUAACCCCAUUACUGCCCCGGCCAUCUGGGGCAUCUGUGGCCAGCUGGGGGGGGCAGUACGGAGGAAUAAACUUCGUAAUUGUAAUUGAAA